AUGGAUUUCUCUUCCUCAUCUUCUUCAUUUUGUGUUCCCCCGGAGUUAAACGAAUCGUCUACAGGGAGUACUUUUGAGUUCUUUAACCAAGUGUACGCCGAGCUUGAAGAUACUGGCACCUCUACCGACACUCGUAUGUAUAUCGAUCGAGACCGGGAAGAAGCUCACGCCAUACUAAUGCGUGACUACUUCGUUGAAGACUCAAAGUUUGACGAACCAUUUUUUCGUCAUCGUUUUCGCAUGAGCAAGAGGUUGUUUUUGAAGAUUGUUGGUGAUAUUGAAGCCAACUUUAGUUACUUUCAAGAGGGGUACGACGCACGGGGUAAAAAAAGUUACACCGCUCUUCAAAAGUGCACAUCGGCGAUCAAGCAACUAUCUACGGGUGAACCUUCAGACGCGUAUGACGAGUAUUUAUGUAUGGCUGCUAGAACUUCACGCGAAAGCAUGGAGUACUUUUGUGAUGCGGUCGUCAAUUUGUAUCAAAAUGAGUUCUUACGUAGGCCUACAUCUCAUGACUUGGCUCUCAUCACACAAGCUCAUGAAAAAAGACACCACAUUCCAAGAAUGCUUGGUAGUCUUGAUUGUACACACAUCGAAUGGAGGAUGUGCCCUAAACACUUAAAGGGGCAAUACACGAGGGGUGAUCACAAGGUACAUACUAUUAUGAUUGAGUGUGUUGCUUCUUAUGACUUGUGGAUCUGGCAUUCGUUUUUCGGUCCCGCUGGAUCGAACAACGAUGUCAAUUUUUUGCAGCAGUCGUCGUUAUUUCAAAACGAGCGUAAUGGAUCCGCGCCAGACAGUUCAUUUAGCGUAAAUGGACAUGAGUACAAGCGCGGUUACUACCUUACCGAUGGAAUCUAUCCUAGGUGGGCUGCGUUUGUUAAAGCUUAUCCUCAUCCAGUGGAACAAGAUGAAUAUGGAAAUUUAAAAGACUACAAGAGGCUGCAAGAAAGGAUGUUGAGCGAGCCUUUGGUGUUCUCAAGGGAAAAUGGAAGAUCUUGGAUCGUCCCCUCCGGCUAUGGACAAAGAAGAAGAUCAAAAAAGUCGCCGCUGCGUGUACUAUACUUCACAACAUGA